AUGAAUCAAAAAAUUAUGUUAUUCCUAUUUAUAAAGAUUUCUACAUUUAUACUUUUAACAUGGGUAUACGAUUUUUACAGUGAGCUGAGUACAUUUAACAAAAUUAUCGAUAAAAACUAUAAUCUUAGUAAAAAAUUAGAUACAAGAAAUUAUCGAUUACUGGCAAAAUAUAAGCUGAAUAGUCAUUCAAAUAAUAUGUGUUUAAAAGAAAUAUUUGAGGAUAAUGAAGAAAAUAAACAAAGAGAUUUAUCUAAUAAUGAAAAGUGGAUAAAAGAGAAAAACAAACAAUCAAGCAGAAAUUUAUUAAAUAAGGCUCAAUACUAUAUAGAAGUUAUAGAUUAUAAUAAUGGAAUGUUUGAUGGAAAACAUUUUCAUUUUCAAAAGAAAUGGGUAAAAAAAAGGGAUUUUGAUACUUUUAUUGCAAAGAAGAAGAGGAUUGGUGAUAUAUCUUUAAAAAAAAUAAAAUUUAGAAGUUAUAAAUUUGGAUUUGUUAUAUUUUUUAUUUUUUUUCUAUUGGGAAUAGGAUUACCGGUAUCCAGUGCAUUUAAUUUUUCGGAUGGUAGUGACGUAGGAAAUACUAUUUUAUCUUUUCUUCAAAGUAAGCUCGGUUUAGGUAGUAAUGGAAAUGCUUAUAUAUUAUUAUUUGCAGUAACAUUCAUUAUGUUAGCAGUCUUGAUUAUAAUAGCUAUUUAUAAGAUCUUAAAUAAUAAUGAAAAAUAUCAAAAAAUUAAGUUGAUGAUGGAGUAA